AUGCCAACAUCUACCAGCGAUAUCAUCAUCACCGGCUUCAAAGUCUACGACAUCCGUUUCCCCACGAGUCUCGAUGGAAUCGGAUCUGAUGCCAUGCACCAGGGGACCAAUGGGUCCCACCCAUACCUACAAUUGUUGACCAAUAAGCCAGAACUUGUGGGUGAAGGAAUGGCCUUCAGCAACGGUCGUGGUUCUGAGCUCGUGGUUGCAGCUAUUGAGGCCUUUGCCCCACGUGUGGUUGGGAAGAAAUUCAGCAGUCUUGUGGAGAACAUGGGCAAUACAUGGAGGUAUAUGGUGAGCGACUCGCAGUACCGUUGGAUCGGACCCGAAAAGGGAGUCACCCAUCUGGCGACUGCAGCCGUGAUCAAUGCGAUCUGGGAUCUCUGGGGCAAAGUAACCAACAGACCAGUAUGGAAGAUCGUUGCCGAUAUGACACCAGAGGAGAUUGUCAGGUGUAUUGACUUCAGAUAUAUCACCGAUGCCAUUACGCCUGAGGAGUGCAUUGAGUUGUUGACGAAGACGAGUGUGGGCAAAGAGGACAGAGUCCAGGAAGCUUUGGAAAAUGUCGCUGUUCCUGCCUACACGACUUCUGCUGGAUGGUUGGCAUUCAGCGGUGAUAAGAUGAAGAAAGUGCUACAGGAAACAAUCGACCAGGGCUUCAAAAUUUUUAAGUUCAAAGUUGGAAGCGAUUUAGCGGCUGACAAACAGAGACUUCAAGCCGUCAGAGACAUCAUUGGAUAUGACAAUGAGUACCAGGUGAUGAUCGAUGCCAACCAGGUUUGGUCUGUUCCUGAGGCAAUUGAGUGGAUGAAGGAGUUGGUUCAGUUCAAGCCAGUUUUCAUUGAAGAGCCAACCAGUCCAGAUGAUGUUUUGGGUCAUGCAACCAUCAGGAAGGCUCUGAAACCAUAUGGUGUGGGAGUGGCCACAGGUGAAAUGGCUGCCAAUAGAGUAAUCUUCAAGCAAUUGUUGCAGGCAGAUGCAAUUGACGUUUGUCAGAUUGACUCUGUCAGACUCGGGGGAGUCAACGAGUGUUUAGCCGUGAUGCUCAUGGCUUUGAAAUUCAACGUUCCAUGUGUUCCUCAUAACGGAGCUAUGGGUCUUACUGAGUUAACUUCCCAUCUAUCAACUAUUGAUUACGUCUCGAUCAGUGGAAGAAAGUCAAUGCUUGAAGCAGCCGACUCUUAUCGUGAGAAUUUAGCUCAUCCAUGUGAGAUCAGGGAUGCGCAUUAUGUUACGCCAAUGGACCCAGGUUAUUCCAUUGGUUAUACUCCAGGAGCCAUUGAGAAGUAUCUCUAUCCAAACGGAAGCUUCUGGACGAGUGAAAUUGGCGAGAAAAUCAAGCAGGCGCCUAAAGGUGGGGAUGGCUUGUUGAGGGAGUGA